UCCAAACAACAACUGAAUCACAAACAUUGUGUGUCACUUCCUCCUAUAACUCUGUGAAAUCAUACAAUUCCAGUUUGAUUAAUAGCUUAAACUUCACCACCCUAUCACAUGGAGAAGAAGAUCCGACGUCCUUACUUGUUUCUUUUUUCAGUAGCCUUUGCUUUCCUUGUUACAGAUCCGUUCGGUUUAAGUCCAGUCGGAGAAAAUGACUUUAGGCCAGUGAAGAAUGACAUUGCACCAUAUGAACAAGUCAUGGAAAAUUGGCAUGGAGACAAGAAGAGCCGGUUAAGCCUCGGGAAUUUGGAGUUUGUUAAUGAAAUUUAUGGUCCUGAAUCACUAGAAUUUGAUAUUUCAGGCCGUGGACCAUAUGCUGGACUAGCUGAUGGCCGCAUUGUAAGGUGGCUCGGGGAAGAUACUGGCUGGGAAACAUUUGCACUUGUCACUCAUAACUGGUCGGAGAAGCUGUGUGCAAAAGGGAAAGAUUCAACGACGUCUAAGCAAUGGAAAGUGGAACCACAAUGUGGGAGGCCGCUUGGCCUGAGGUUCAACAAGCAGAGCGGCAAUUUGUACAUAGCAGAUGCUUACUAUGGACUCCUGGUUGUUGGUCCUGAAGGAGGCGUGGCGACGUCUUUGGCUACACAUGUUGAAGGGAAGCCCAUACUCUUCGCUAACGACCUAGAUAUCCAUACAAAUGGCUCCAUCUUCUUCACUGACACUAGCAAGAAAUACAACAGAGUGAACCAUUUUCUCAUAAUGUUAGAAGGAGAAGACAGUGGUAGGAUUCUUAGGUAUGAUAUUGCUACAAGAAGUACUCAUGUUGUUUUGGAUGGUUUGGCUUUCCCUAAUGGUGUACAAUUAUCAAAGGAUCAAUCUUUUCUUCUCUUCACUGAAACAACCAAUUGCCGGCUAAUGAAAUUGUGGCUAGAGGGUGGAAAAGCAGGCAAUGUUGAGGUUAUCGCGAACUUGCCAGGAUUUCCGGACAAUGUAAGGGCGAACGAGAAAGGUGAGUUUUGGGUAGCAAUUGAUUGUUGUCGAACAAGAUCACAAGAAAUUCUAAUUCAUAAUCCAUGGAUGAGAAGCAUAUAUUUUAGAUUGCCAGUUCAAAUGCGUUACUUAGCAAGAUUGAUGGGAAUGAGAAUGUACACUGUUAUCUCACUCUUCAAUGAAAAUGGAGAAAUUAUUGAUGUUCUUGAAGAUAAGAAAGGUGUAGUUAUGAAGUUGGUAAGUGAAGUUAGAGAAAUCAAUGGGAAGCUAUGGAUUGGAACUGUUGCUCAUAACCAUAUUGCUACCCUUCAUUACCCUUAAUUACAGAUUAAAUUGGUGUAUUUGUAAUAAUUAGCAAAUUCACUUGUUCUUUACUCUAUUUAAUAUAAAUUCCCUUUACAUACUUUGAGUUA